AUGCCGGCGAAGUCUACUAUGCGUCCGUCAACGAUUCGAAGUUCUGCGAAGUCUCCGCCAGAAAAAUCUAUAUCCAACAAAGCGACGCACUCUAGGCAGAAAGUAGCACAUAAAAAACAACCACCAUCGGAUGUCGAGCGGCUGAAGCGCCUUUUCACGUCCCUGUGUGCACAGGUUGACGGUGGACAUUUUGCUAAUGCUAUCAAGACCUGCGAAAAGAUCCUUCGCAUCGUUCCUCACGAUCCGGAUGCGUUGCAGACCAAGAUAUUCUUGCUAUUGCAAACUGAUCAAUAUGUUACGGCUUUGUCCCUCUUAAAUGAUCUAAGCAAUGCUCAAGAUAAUCUGAAUAAACCAUUCGCAUAUGAGAAGGGCUAUUCGUUAUAUCGACUACAUCGCGAAUCCGAUGCUAUGGGCGUUCUGAAUAACAUCAAGGCAGAAGCUGGAAGCGACGAGGACAACAGAGGGGUUAUCCAUCUCGAGGCUCAGCUGGCGUACAGAGAGGGGGAAUAUCAGAUUGCCUUUGACCGGUACAACACACUAUUGGACACCGCCGAACCUCAUUCCGACGAGCAAGCAGAUAUCCUCACAAACCUUUCCGCGGCACAAGCACAUGUCGAUUUCCUGACAUCUGGCUUCCUAUCUGCACUAUCCUCACUUCCCUCAUCAGUCUCCGAGUCGCUCGAAUCUGUGCCUCCGCCUGCUCCUGCUGUAUCUACAGUAAUUGCUCAGAAUCUGUCUGUGCCAUCUCAGUCUCAGCCGCAGGGGAAGAAACCUCGAGCACGACGUAUCCCUAAGGGAAUUGUAGUUGGGGUCACCCCCAUGCCUGAUCCAGAGCGAUGGUUAAAGAAGAGCGAGCGGACGAGUUAUUUGCAUUCUCACGGGAAACGGAAGGGAAGAGGUGCUGGAGGGGGCGCGACGCAGGGGAUCGUAGAGAGUCCUGCUAUUGCAGGAGCCACUGGGGCAGGCGGAGGAAGCAAGGGCAAGAAAAAGGGCAAGAAGUAA